AUGAAAAUUGCUCAACUUCUCAUCUCUCUCCUCUUAUGGCGAGCUAGCACAUCCCCCUUGACCUUUGCCGCAGCACAAGAGGACCACAUGGUUGAUGCCCCGUCCGAGCAACAAGUGGAAGAACCAUCAGAUGAGAUUCCUGCACCAAAUUGCGAUGAGGUUUGUUCCGAAAGACUUGCUGCUGCUGCAUCGAUCGCAAAUGUCGACAAAGAGAACCUAUGGGCGCAAAUCAACAACUUGCAAGAAGCGCUUAGACGAGCUGAACAACAACUGGCGGAUGCCAACAGAGAAAAGGACGAUGUUGCUUCUAGGCUUCAGCGAGAUAUUGAGGGUGUGAGCGCCAGUAGGAGAGAAUGUGACGAUACCGUAGGAUCGUUGAGGCACCAGAUUGCACAAAUCAAGUCAUCCUUGGCGUCAUCAAGUGAAGAGAGUGCGAAGCUUGCCGGUGACUUGUUCCUGGUCAACCAAGACCUUGCAAUUUACCAAGAAAAGAUUUUCCAUGUCAAUUCAGAUCUAUUACUGGCUGAAAUUAAGAAAGUCAUUGAUUUCAUCAAGGCAAAAGUCAACUUGCUAUUGUCCAAGACAGGCAUCAAGAAAUAA